AUGGAAGAGAAUGAGAGAUCUAAACUUAAAACGAGGAAAACUGGACGAGCUGAAAUUGGUGAAGCUGGAGCGAAAGAUCGAGAAGGAGCAGUUGAGCGUUCCGGUGUGACUGCAAUCAGUGCAAUUGAUGAAAAAGGAGAGAAAGGAGCUGCUGGUGGCAGUGCUAUGACUGCUGUUGGUAAGGCUGGUGCACAAGGUGAGGAGGGUGCAGCUGGCCGCAGUAUGACGACUGCCGUUGGUGGACCAGGUGGCAGUGCUAUGACCGCUGUUGGUAACGCUGGUGGACAAGGUGAA